CGUGAUUGUCCGAUAAAUUGCUUAUACGGGUGUUUCUGGUGGUCGCUGGCUAAAAGAAUUAAACAAAGCAUAUAUAAAACAAAUAUUACGGGUCCUGCAGGUUUAGUCACAUUUCAUCUAUAAGAGAUUUCUCCACAAAUAUCUGUCAACUUACGCUUAGAGACACGCGCUGGUACAACGUUCGUGAGCACCAGCUAUCGUUGCAACAGACAAAGUCUUGCUAUUUUCACCUUGUUGCCGACAACAUGAAGUUUCUACUCGCUUCGAUGACAAUUUUUGCAGCUCUGGCGAUAACUUUGGAAGCCGGAGAACAAUCGCCUGUUGAAGAGCUCACAGAUGAUACCUUUGAGAACUACCUUACUGUGUCCCAGGUUGCAAUGGUGGAUUUUUUCGCUCCAUGGUGCCCACACUGUCAAAAAUUUGCUCCCAUUUACGAAAAGGCAGCUAUUAAAGCACAGGGAUCGAGACUGAACGUUUUCUUUGCAAAGGUGAACUGUGCAGGAAGCGGCGAAAACAUCUGCAAGAAACUGCAUGUCAGAUUUCUACCGACAAUUAGAGUCUUUAGGGAUGGCAAACCAAUCGGAGAUUACACAGACGAUCGAACUACAGAGGCUGUUGUAGCUUUUGCACGGAAGGCAUCUUUAGCACCAAAUGAUUUGAAAAUGACGAUGUCAGAUGACAUAAGCGACCCACAUAAGAUCCCUUCAAAUGUCACUCCUUGGCAUGCGGAGGAAACUGGACACCACUGAGAACAAAGAUGCAACCUUCCCCCUCCACUGUCACUGCCUUCUGCGGUCGUUAUUUGAUUGGUCACGCAAUGCUUCUCUUGGAUAGGAGCGCUUCGUGAUGACCCAAAUAACGGCUGCGAAGGAGACUUAUAUUCUUCCGAUACAAGCGCUUGUCAUGUAACGCGACGAGGAGUGUUACGUUACAAUCUAAUGCGCAACCACUGCGGAGCAACGCCGAUGUACUCCCUUACUACUAUCACAAAGGAAGGGCUCUGGGGAUAUUCUUCCACCAAGAAAAAAUGUUAUUACACGAAAUUGACGUAGCAUAAGCUCACCAACUAUUCAUAGUUGUUGAUCAGGUGUAACUUAGAUGUGACUUGCGAAAAAUAGGAACAAUGUAUUGUACAUCAUCGUUCUGUGAAUUUGUUAUUUCAACUACAAACUAUGCGGGACCAAGAGAAAAUGUUCUCUUGGCUAGACUUACGUAGAUCUGGAGUCAUAGAAAACCUGUAAACUGGUUCAUUCACAACUAUUACUAGGUCUCAUUUGAAUCUUAGAAAUAAAAUUGCUGCUACCUUAAACUUCCCUCCUAUUAUGAAACUUUCUCAUUGGAUUUGUCUUCUCCGGUGGCACAUCAGUUUUUGUUGGCCCUAUGUUUUAAAUAGAGAGUAUUUCAUGAUGCUGGGUAGUUACAUUAGCUAGGGAACUGAGGAACGGGUUGAGAAAUUGGCUAGAAUUUGGGUAUGUUUGGGAUGAGACGAACAUAUGCCUUAAAAUAUUAAUUUUAUUAAAUGGCAAACUGGUCUGCGAAGACAAGGAGCAGUCUAAGUUCCCUGAACGGUCCGAAAAAAAAAAAAAGAAAAAGAAAAAAAGAUGAGUUUAACCUAGGCGUGCACGUUUGCCGAGAACAGAUAAAUAAAUUUAUCUGAAGAGUCAUUUAGAGCCACUGUCAUAAGUACUUCAUUGUACUUGCUUGUUUCGUCCGCGUGGUCUAUAAAAGAAUUUCGGUCUCGUUCUUUUCUUAGACGUUAAUUGAACUCGCCUUUGGUUUGCUCUGCAAACUUUCCAAAACAAAAUAAAUAGACUAUUUUUUUAGGUUAUGGACCUCACGCUAGUUCAGGAACAAAUAUAUCUUUCUGCAGCGUAAUUCAAAACAAGAAAGUUAACCGAACGU